CUGAAGGCAACAAUGUUUUCCAAGCUGACCCACCCUCAGAGCCUUGCUGCUCUCUCCCGAGGUGUUUGUGCUUCUCUGAGUUCUGCUGCCUCCCUGAGUUCUGCUGCCUCAGUUGCUACCAAAAAAAACGUUCAAGGAUCUGCAUCCUCUGAGUACAUAUUUGAGCGGGAGGCCAAAUUUGGUGCCCACAAUUAUCACCCACUCCCUGUGGCUUUGGAAAGAGGAAAAGGUGUUUAUGUGUGGGAUGUGGAAGGCAGAAAGUAUUUUGACUUUCUGAGUGCUUACAGUGCUGUUAAUCAAGGGCACUGUCACCCAAAGAUUGUGAACGCUCUGAAAGCUCAGUCUGAAAAACUGACCCUUACAUCCAGAGCAUUCUACAAUGAUGUACUUGGUGAAUAUGAGGAGCUUGUCACCAAAAUGUUCAACUACAACAAAGUUCUUCCCAUGAACACAGGAGUGGAAGCUGGAGAAACUGCCUGCAAAUUGGCUCGGAAGUGGGCCUACACUGUGAAAGGGAUUCCAAAAUACAAAGCCAAGAUUAUUUUUGCAGCUGGCAACUUCUGGGGCAGAACCAUGUCUGCUAUCUCCAGUUCUACUGACCCAUCCAGCUAUGAUGGGUUUGGACCCUUUAUGCCAGGUUUUGAAGUCAUCCCAUACAAUGACCUACCAGCUCUUGAGCGGGCCCUUCAAGAUCCCAAUGUAGCAGCUUUCAUGGUUGAACCCAUCCAAGGUGAAGCAGGUGUGGUUGUUCCUGACAAAGGUUACCUCACGGGAGUGCGGGAGCUCUGCACCAAGCACAAUGUUCUGUUUAUUGCUGAUGAAGUACAGACUGGUUUAGCCAGAACAGGGAAGAUGCUAGCUGUGGACCAUGAAAACGUGAGACCUGAUAUAGUUCUUCUUGGAAAAGCCCUUUCUGGUGGCUUAUAUCCUGUCUCUGCAGUGCUCUGUGAUGAUGAAGUUAUGCUGACCAUUAAGCCUGGUGAACAUGGAUCUACCUAUGGAGGAAAUCCAUUGGCUUGCCGCGUGGCAAUGGCAGCACUGGAGGUAAUUGAAGAGGAAGACCUGGCUAAAAAUGCAGAAAAAAUGGGUAACAUACUAAGAAACGAGCUGAUGAAGACACCAUCUGAUAUUGUAACUGCUGUAAGAGGAAAAGGGCUAUUAAAUGCAAUUGUAAUUCGGGAAACCAAAGACUACGAUGCCUGGAAGGUGUGUUUGCGACUCCGGGACAACGGGCUUCUUGCCAAGCCUACCCAUGGGGAUAUCAUCAGGCUGGCACCACCCCUUGUGAUCAAGGAGGAUGAAAUCAUGGAAUGCAUUGAAAUAAUUCACAAGACCAUCCUCUCUUUCUGAACACUGGGCUUUUAAAGUGCAUCUGCUGACUGACCCCAGGUGGUGUGCUGAAAUGUGUGUGUGCUGAAGGCCUGCUCUUGAAGCAAGCAUCUCUCAUUCCUUUUAUCUAAGAGGACUUCAGUCUUAAAACAUAGCUAUGGCUUGAAACAAUAAUGUCUCUGAAGAAAAUAAAGAAUGAUUUUAAAGAGUUUCCAGUCUUGGAAUACUUGGAAAUAAAGUAGUGAUGUUCUGUUCAUC